CCUGUAAGAGACACGCUCCUGACAAUGUGCAAAAUGCUUUAAAACAGUUUAAAUCGUAAUUAUAUCGACGUGAAACGAUUUUAAAGUCGUUUGAGUUCCCUUUUAAUUUCAUAAAUCUUAUUUUUUUUCGUAAAAUACAUAUUUUAUAUCACUAAUAUUACAAUAUAUGGCGUGGAACGAGGAGAAAAGCUGAACAUCGGAGGUUUAAAAUUAAAGUUACACAUCUGCUUCAUUAAGUUAGAACAUGAACCUGUAAAAAUACUGUUGAAACACAAUUUUACCCUUUAUAUAUUAUACUCGACCCCUUUUUGAUCACAAUUACUGCUUUCCGAACUCUACCAGACCGCGUCCCUUCCAGGACCUGCGGCAAUCCAUUCAAGCCAGCAAGUUUGAGAGCGUGUUGUGUUUAAUCGAUUCAUAACGUCGAGAUGGAGCCGAACUCACUGAAGUGGGUGGGCUCGUCCUGCGGUUUACACGGACCUUAUAUUUUCUACAAAGCCUUUCAGUUUUUGCGGGACGGAAAAUCCAGGAUUCUGUCACUCGGCGACUUUUUCUUCGUCAGAUGUAAACCCGAGGAUCCAGUUUGCAUAGCGGAGCUGCAGCUUCUCUGGGAGGAACGGACAAGCAAGCAACUUUUAUCCAGCUCCAAACUUUAUUUUUUACCGGAGGACACGCCGCAGGGACGGACGGUCACGCACGGAGAGCACGAGGUCAUUGCAGUGUCUGAAAAGGUAAUCGUCCGGUUGGCGGACCUGGUGAAGUGGUCGGUACAAGACUGGUCGUCAUGGAGCCAGGGUCUGAAGGCAGAGCCUCUCAAACCCUCCGUGGUCCGGGAACUCGGCACCAACGGGAGGAGAGAGGCCCUGCACCGGUACAGAGAGAGCACACUGACCAGUGGACUCAACUUCAAGGAUGUUCAACGGGAGAGGGCGCAGUUGGGUCAAGACGAGGACGAGCAGAAGAUCCUGGUCCUCAGUUAUCCUCAGUAUUGUCGAUAUCGGUCGGUGUCGGCGCGGCUGGCAGAACCGUCGUCCUCUCUGCUCAUCAACCACACCGUGUUAGCGCUGGGUGGCAUCGCGGCUCUGGACGGACACAUCCAGAUCCUGUACUGUCGAGACACCUUUGAUCACCCCACCCUGCUGGAGAACGAGAGCAUCUGCGACCAUUUUGCCCCAAACCUGAAAGGUCGGCCUCGCAAGAAGAAGCUGUCCUUCCGUCAGAGGAGGGACUCCCACAGUAAAACUCAAGGUCAGGGGUCAUCGUCGAGGUCGGUCCAUGGCUCAUCAGCAGUAUCAACGCAAGAGCUGUGCAGCAAAGAGGGCAGAAAUACCCCCAAGCUCAAACACGGCUGCAGAACCUUCGCAAACGGAAAGAUGUCCACCGCGGCCAAACACAAGUCCAACGGCCUGAGCAAGAAGAUCUGUGCGGAGGAGAAGGAGGAGGAGCAGGAGGAGGAGCAGAGCGACAGUGAGGAAAAGGAGAAGAAGACGGAGGAAACAUCAGAGGAGAGUCGAGCGGAGGAGCAGGCGUUCUUAGUCUCGCUCUACAAAUACAUGAAGAACAGAGACACGCCCAUAGAGAGGAUCCCCUUCCUGGGCUUCAAACAGAUCAACCUGUGGACCAUGUUCCAGGCAGCUCAGAAACUGGGAGGAUAUGAAUUGAUCACAGUUCGCAGACAGUGGAAACACGUUUAUGACGAGUUGGGGGGGAAUCCCAGCAGCACCAGCGCUGCCACCUGCACACGCAGACACUACGAGAGGCUCCUACUUCCUUAUGAGAGGAACCUGAAAGGGGAGCAGGACAAGCCCCUCCCACUGGUCAAACCCAGGAAGCCGGAGAGCAGCCAAGAGAAGAGUCCAGUGGUCAGGUCCAAGGGAGUGAGCAGCAAGAAGGUCAAGGUCCACAGCAGCUCCAGGCCGGGGAGUAAAAAGGACAAAGUGGAGGUGAAGGUGAAGAGCGAGGACCAAACACAGAAUUCCAGGGAGACAGAGGAGGACGUCCCAACGCAGGGGUCAUCUCAGGUAGACCAACCAAUCAUCAUCGAGGAGGAGGAGUUACAUCUGACUCUGAAAAAAGAGGAGUCUCUAACCCCGGAGCAGGCACCUUCAUUCUGCCCUGCAGAACCAGACUGCAGGGCUCCUGCCCCUGCCCUGCCCCUGGGGGCUGGGGCAGGUUCAGAGUGGAGGCAGAUCAGUAAAGCCCUUCAGGUCAAACUGACGCAGAGUGAAGGAAACUUCAUCCCGAAAAACUCCUACCUGCUCCACCGCUGGGAUCAGAACAGACCCGCUGGACACGUGGUCCUGCCCGAGACCUACGUCCAGGUCCAAGAGCCCAGAGAGAGCUACGGCGGCAGAGUGGGUAAAGUCCUGCCCAUGUGUAAACAGGCUGACAGACCGUGUGUCGACCUGAGCUCAGACUCUGAAGACUACGGUGCCACGCUGAAGGAGUCUCCUCCGGCUCCAGCACCCGUCGUCGCCGCCGCCUACUGUAAAAGCAGCCAGGGCGUGAUGUCGCCUCUGGCCAAGAAGAAGCUUCUCUCUCAGGUGUGUGAGUCCAAGCCCUUCUCCUUCACCGCUCCAGCCGCCGCCACCGUCGUCGCCGCCGCCUGCCUCUCCGUCAAAUCAGGGACACAGACAGAGAACGAGAAUCAAAAGAGUGAAGAAGACGUCGAACCAAAGCUGGAGUGCGUGUCCGACGGUGUCCAGGAGGUGGCGGCGAUAUUCCGACCGUCUGUCAUUCAGCACGCGCAGAGCUCCAAGCCUCAAGCACAAACGACGGCUGGCGUCGGAGGAGGGCUGUCAGAGAGCUACAGCUGCAGAACCAGCCUCCACCUUCAGCCCACCUGGCAGCCGUACCUGUGCCGGGGCCAGGCCCAGGACGGCGUGGAGAGCUGCGGGGAGAAGCUCCUUCAGGUUCCCGCCGCUGCGCAGCCUCGCGGCUACACGGCCGACUGCUACUCCUCACCUCACCUCCACAGUCUGUACCGACAGACGGAAAACUGUCUGAGCCCGGACUUUGUCAACGGGGAGAGGAGGGAACACUUCAACAGAGACUGUGAAGAGAGUCAGGGCUUUGUCUGCGCCCCUGGGGAGCAGGAAGGUCUGACCUUCAGGUCCCACUUCAGUGACAGGACUCCAACUCCAGCAGGGGGCAGCCAAGAGGCUGAGGAUGAGCCCAGAGACUUCACAGUCUCCAAACCUCUCUCUCAGAGGGUCACCUCCUUCUCCAAGCCCUCCUUUUGUAACCUCCCCUAUCCUGUCAUCCAGCCCAAGGCCUGCAGAGUUCCUCCCAUGACCACCCACUCCCCAAAACAGAGCUCCGCGGAGUCUCCCUCAUCAUUUCCCAGCCCGAACGCCUCAAGCGAUCCAUCGCUCAUCGUUCCCGUCCGACCCAGCAAACGGAGCGUCGUCGAGCUGGACAACGAGGAAGUUCCAGAGCGAAAGGUCCGUGUGGUGACGCCCAUCCAUCCGGCCGGUUCCGUCCGACACACCGACCCCGAGGACCUGAAACCAGCGGAGCCCACCCAUGCUGUUCACCUCCCCGACGGUCACUCUAGCGCCACCUUCACUCCGGCCCACCUCUACGGCGGCAUGUACCCCCCGGGGAGCCUGGUGUCGGCAGGUGCCCAGGACGGGCUGCAGCAGCACCCAGGGCUGCAGUACUUAAAGAGUCAAUCGGCCGUUUCUCCUCUGGUUCCUCCUCUGGCCUUCCACCCCAUGUUCCUCCACAGGCAGCUGCUGGCCUCCAGCUCCAGUCCUCAGCACUUCUACAGGCACCCUGGGGGAGCGGCUCUGUAUGGAGACCUGUUACAUCAUCUGUACCCUCUGUCCACGCUGCCCCCUCCUCAGCUGUCCUCUGUCCACCCCAGCACCAGACUGUGAGGGAACUGGAAACGGGGACCAUUGGUCCAUAGGUGGCGAUGUAAGCCAGAAUUUGUAAACACUGACCUGAGCAUCGAAGCAGUGACACAAACACGUCAGUUGAAGACUGAAAAAAAAAAGAAAGAAAGAAAUCAAUUUUUAUUUGUACAUUCAUUUGUUUCUCUACUUUGCACUGUUCCUUGUUUUUGUUAUGACCACUCACUGUUUGUGUUGUCGUUGUCUCCUUAUUUGCACAGUGCUCAUGUGAACGCGACUCACACUUCAGUUUGUCCGUGUGAGUCACAUGGUUGCUCUGGACCUGUGAAAAGUGAAGAGCAGCAGAGAACGUCUGUUUGUUUACUGAACUGUUGUGGCUGAAAACACUACGGCGACAGUCGUCCAUCAACGCUGACACCGUCAGGUCCGGACCAGUCUGGACCUCGACCGGUGCUUCUCUCGUGUUCAGGUCCUUGGUGUUCUGUUCAGGCACAUUUUUAAGACAGAUUCACUAACCCUUCAACCAGAACCAUCACCUUUGGCUCAGUGUUUUCUUCUCUUUUUUUUCUCCCUCUCUGUUGACAGUCGGUAUGAAGUCCUCUACAUGAACUAUUUCACAGUGGAAACUAUAGCCAGUAGGUGGCAGUAUUGCAGCUCCAUAUUUAGAUCUGCUGGUAAAUACCAAAGAAGAGAGGCUGAGGGUGUUAGCAUAGUUACCUUGGUGAAGACCCACCUUUUUAGCCAAACACUACAUACAAGCACAGUACUAGCACACCGCUUAGGUGCUAGGUACAAGUGCACCGCUAACAUGCUGCUAAUACACUAUGUACUAGGUCACCGCUAUCAUGCUGCUAAAUAGUACUUAGUAGUGCAGCACUAACAUGCUGCUAGUAGCCCGAGUGCUACGGCACCUCUGAUAGGCCCCUUCUGCUGCAGUAUAUACCAGCAGGCGGCGCUGACAUGCUAGAUGCUAGCAUUCUGAUUACAUGCAGCGUGCUAAAUGGUUCUAGCGCUGCUCCUUUUCUUAUUUUGGGUGAACAAUCAGUGAUCAGCCAAAGCCGGUGAACCAGGUGCUGACUGCUGGUCUGCUCCUGUAAUCUUAAUCUGGUUCAGAUUGACCUCCAGAUUAGUGACUAAAAACCCACACCAAAGUCAUAGGAGGAAAGAAUUGGUUAGUGUUGUACUUCUAUUAUUUUUCCUGACAAUUUUUCAAGACACCUCAAACACGCCACCUAGUGUUGAGAAGUAGUAGUACUACACUUGAAAGUGCAUUCCUAAAAAGUAAAAAAUCAAGUCUAGAAACAGUUUCAGGAACUAAACGUUGUUUGGCUGCAGUCUGCUUUUUGGAUCCCAACAUUUGAGAACCACGGCUUGAACCAAUAUGCAGUGCAGUAUUUACAGUAUUUGCCGUGUAUGACAGAUGUACUGUACUUUCUUUUUGACUCACUCUGAAAGUGAGACAAGAAAAUGAAAAAGUUACUUUUUAAAAUUCAAACUAUUUUCUUCCUAUAAUGCAAAGUGUGCAGCAGCAGGUGUGUGUGUGUGUGUCUGACCGUGUGUGUGUGUGUGUAGGACAGCAUGAUGCUGCAAAUCCAGAGGAAAUCACAUCAUUUCUUUUUUUCCUUCUUCUUCUUCAUGACUUUCAAACCUCUCCUUAAAGCCACACUGUAAAAAUGUUAGUAAAAUCUCUGUGCCUUCCACAGUCCUGGGUUAGCGUUAGCGUUAGCACGACACGUAAGGUUAAGGUUUCGUUUCUGUAGCAGACUUUACUCACGCGCAGCAGUCACUCACACACCGCGACCAGAGCCCAGUCCUGGACACCUGGGGCUGUGGAUAGUGGAGACUGAACGGUACCAGACUGUAACGGUACCAGACUGUAACGGUACCAGACUGUAACGCUCACACAUUUACAGCCUGAGGUACGGCGACGACACCUGCUCUGCUUCAUACAACCACUAGAACUGUAGUGAGGAACAGUGGGAACCACCUUUCUGCUGUAACGGUCCAGGUGUAAAGACUUCUGAAGAAGUACUGUACAUUUGUGUGUGUGUGUGUGUCGGAGGAACCACCGCCGCCACCAGAGGGGGUGGAUGGGUGACACCAACACCUUCUUAUUCAUGUGUAAAUAAACACCACUGUAGAUAGUACUGUGCGAUUGUUAUCAUAUGUACAUAACAACAGUAUAAAGGUUGUUGCACAAUCAGACUGUGUGCUUGUUUCCUCUGCGCCUGUACGACUCAAACACUACGUAAAAGAACCUCUCCAUGUCUUUAUGCUUUUGAACUGUUGUUUCGUUUGUUUUCAUCCAAUGAAAGUGUUUUUUAUACGACAAACAUCUGUUUACCAAUCACUCAGCUGGAACAAGAACAAGAUACAGAGACCGACAUUUUGUACAUGACUUCCUGUAUAUUUAAUUAAAAUAUUUUACUAUCUAAACACCUGGCUUCCCUCACCUGUGUCUCAUGAACAACAGCUGUGGAAUUAACAGUCGUCAGCAUGGGACUGAACAACCGGACAGAGACAACAGCCUGAAUCAAUCCACCAAUCACAGCUCCAGAGUUUAGCUCCAGAGCCGGGGUGUCAAACAUACGGCUCGCGGGCCAAAACUGGCCCGCUAGUUGGUUCGAUCCGGCCCCUUGAAAUGAAUUUUGAAUG